AUGAAUGCUACCGAUAUCUCAUACCGCGGCCCAGGGCGGAUCUCCUUCACGCCGCUUUUGGCCCCGAACGCUAUCUUCACAACUAUUUUCACGAUAUUGUUCCUCAAUCACCUCCUUUUUACCAUUCGUUUCUGGCGGUUCUAUGGAUACGCAAUUGGAAUGCUGGGUGGCUUACUUUUAGAGCUACUCGGAUACGUCGCUAAAGUUCAGCUCGCCCGUCACGGUGAUAAGAAUGGAUACAUCAUGUAUAUUAUUGGUCUGACUCUUGGACCAACCUUCCUCUCCUCAUCGCUCUAUCUUGGGAUUAGUCAACUCCAACGACACUUUGAAUCAACUUGUUUCCCCAAUGUUGGGCCGCAGCUUUUCACGACAAUUUUCAUUUUGGGCGAUUUUGCGUGUCUCUGCUUCAUUGGUGUCGGAGGGUCCUUAGCCGCGAUCUAUGCCGACAGCCCCAUCGGAGUAGAUCUGAUGAUGGCAGGGCUUGGAACGCAGGUCUUGGUUACGGCGAUAUUUUGUGUAGUGCUGUCGAUUCUCGCUCACAAAUGGUGGCAGAAAAUUCUGCGAUGUGGAAAGAAAUGGUAUAUCAUUGCGGCCGUAUGCCUCUUGAUUCGGUCUUGCUGGCGUGUAGCUGAGCUACGCGGAGGAUUCAAUGGACCACUUGCGUCGAAAGAAGGAAUUUUCAUUGCACUUGACAGUAUCCCAAUGGUGAUCAUGUGUGUGAUUCUCACUUUCAUGCACCCGAGGUUUUGGUUCAUGAGAGUUGAAAAACAGGCUCAAUUAAUGCCCACAGCAACUAAGGCGCGAUGGUCGGAACGAGUUUUAGAAGGCAUGUGUUAG